AUGUCAUCAAAGGCAUGUCCACAGAGGUACUCGCAUCUAUUGCCGCAAGCAGCGGAUCCUUCGGUUCUCGUCUCGCAGUCGACCGAAAGCGUGAACAAAAACCCAACAGCUGGAGGAGGCAUUGCAGGCCUCUCAUCAAACCCUGCCCAGGCCGCGCCAGCCCCCGUUCAACGCACUGCUGAAGUAGCCUCAGUGGCUGCUGAGUCGCCCCUUCGGACGUCUCCGUCGCCGCGCCAUUCGCCUUCACCACCGAGAUACGACUCACCACAGGCGAUAUACGGACGGUAUACUGCGGCAAGAAGCGCUUGGUACGAUGCUCGGCCUCGUGGGAGUAUCAAAACCAACCAGGAAUAUCGGAGAGCUAUGGGACUCCCUUUGCGAUAUGACAAGAAGAGCUAUGAGUGGUGCAUUGACUACAAACAGAUGACCAAGUGA